AGCUUCGCUCGGCAUACGGCGAAACGUUUCGCCUUGUGCUGCUGCCGCUACUGCUGUUGUUGCUGCUACUAGUUGCCGGACUAUCAACUGUCGUCUGCUUCUCUCAGUCUAUCUGACGAUCUUUCGCGCGCUUUGUUUCGACUGAUGAAUUUACUCGUCGCGUCGCAUAGUAAGCUCGUGAAAAAUCGACAAUCAUGUCGUGAAUCUAAUGAGCACUUCAACGAAAAUCGUGUAUAGUUAACAAAGACCGAUAUCUAUCAACGCUGAAGAUGCUGAGGCAGAUGAAAUGUGAAGUACGAAGACGGCACGUCCUGGCAGGAACGAAGGCGGAAGUUAAGAAAGCUGAAGUGAGAUUCACCGCAGGGAUAGCGGCACGUCGAGAGAGCACCUGGCGCGGGCCGCCUGAGAUGACGGCCUUGCGACAGGAUAUCACGGUAUCCCCGUAUAGAACCUUCCUCUUAGUAUCACUAAUAGGAUUAUUACUCCAAAUUCAUCCAACGACGGGUGGUAUAUGUUGGUCGUCUAUCAGUAAUGGUCGUUGUAAAGAACUUCUAUCACAAGGUGUCACAAGAGAAAAAUGUUGCGCAUCUAAUGCAGCAGCAGCGACGGCGUAUUCAGAAGAAGAUUUAGACAGUGGAAGUCUGUUUUUCUGGAGAGUUCUGGGUGGAGGCGUUCAGUGUCGUCCUUGUCGAGAGAGUUGCGUGGAAGUAAAGUGCGAAGAAGGAAAAAAGUGCGUAGUACGUAGAGGAAGACCGAGAUGCGUGUGCAGUCCUGAAUGUAAAAUACCGCGUGGUGGUGGACCGGUCUGCGGAACGGAUGGCAAAAGUUACAAGAGCCUAUGUAGACUUAAAAAGCGAGCUUGCAAGAAGGGCAAUCAUGAACUUGCAGUUGCCUACAACGGCCACUGCCAAAGUUCGUGCGCACGGGUCCGAUGCGGCCAAGGUCGGAGCUGUCUACUGGACCAGAACCUGAGCCCUCACUGUGUGAGGUGCGCCCGCAGGUGCCCCCAGGCCCCCGCACCAGGUCGCGGCGCUCGCCCCGUCUGCGGAGCCGACGGAAAUACCUACAAGAGCGCCUGCCACCUGCGGCUUGCCGCCUGCCGCGCGGGUCGCGCUGUUCCCGUCGCUUAUAAGGGCCAUUGUAAACGAAGCGCAGACUGUACUAAAAUACGCUGCCGAGAAGGUCAAACUUGUUUAUCCGAAAUCAAGUCUGGACGGCCACGUUGCGUGACCUGCACCUAUCGUUGUCCCCGGAAGCGCGUCCGGAAUAGAGCGCAUCAUGAGAAAGAUCGAAAUCGAGAUUCAUCGACGACCAUGUUAUGCGCGACAAAUAACAUCACCUAUCCCAGCUGGUGUCACAUUAUCAAGGACGCCUGUGUUACUGGUUUCGUUCUUGAAACACGGCACGCAGGCCCCUGUAACGCUUAUGACACGGCUCCUCUUUAUAUCGAGGAGGACAACAUUUCGAGCAACUAUGGAGUUGAUCUGGCGGACGAAUAUAUAAAAAAAGGCCAAGAAGACAUCGAAGAUGACGCGAAGUUUAGCACAUUAAUCAGUGAUGAAAACGUGGACAAAGUUAAAGAAAUUGUACUUGCUGAUCACAGAAUCAUCAUUAGAGAGGUUGCUGAAGAAAUAGGAAUCUCAUAUGGCUCAUACGAAGCGAUUUUUACUGAUGUUUUGAACAUCAGUGAAACGAGUGGCAACCAAAUUUGUUUCGAAAUUGCUGAAGUUCUUGGCGAAACACAAUACCGUUGUGAUGCCAACCAUCCUAUUCUCCAGACACGGCCUCCUGUGACUUUUUCUUAUUUCCGAAAUUCAAAAGGACACUCAAAGGACAAUGUUUUUCAACAAUUGAUGAUAUAAAGGCGAAAUCGCCGGUCGAGCUGAAGGCGAAAGAGAGUUUCACCAGUGUUUCUCAAACUGGAAGCUACGUUGGCAUAAUACACAGAAAGACUUUGAAGGGAAUGGGAUAAACAUUGAAGAUUGAAUGAAUACUUUUCGAUAAAUUUAAAAAUUCUCGUUACUUUUUGAUUAAACCAUGUA